AUUAUUAUUAUUAUUAUUAUUAUUACUAUUGUUGUUGUUGUUGUUGUUGUUGUUGAUGACUGUGAUAUUGUUAUUGCGGUCCGGCUGAUAAAAAGUAAAAACCGACGAGAGGGAACCGCGUCGCGCCCCGAGGGAAUCCCUCCGUUUCAGAAGUUCUAUUGCCGCCGCCGCCGCUGACACAUUAACGAUAACGGGCCCGUGCGACCGGCGGACGGACGACAAUGCCGUCGGGUUGAGCCGAGCCGCGCGUGCGGUUUCCGACUUCCGAGACGUUUUUCAUUCAUUUCCCGGACGUCGGACGGUGCGCGCUCGCGCCCCCCCCGUCAGCCGAAAAAUCCGCGCAACGACCGCGCGCCCCAUCGGCCGAUUCCGCGCCGCGUAUCCGUCGUCGUCGGCGGUCGCGGGCCGACAGGUUUUCCGGAGACGCCAUGGACUCGUUGCGCGAACAGGUGAUGAUCAACCAAUUCGUGUUGGCCGCCGGAUGCGCCAGGGACCAGGCCAAACAGUUGCUGCAGGCCGCCCACUGGCAGUUCGAGACUGCAUUAAGUAUAUUUUUUCAAGAUUCUUCUGUAUCAAGUUGCAAUCAAAAUUCAGCACAGUUUGGAUUUGGACAAAUGACACCGUGUAAUACCCCAGCUACACCACCCAAUUUUCCUGACACUUUGAUCGCCUUUUCACGUAUGACAACUUCAUCUGAAAAUUCAAAAUUGGGAUCAUCACCGAAUAUGUCUGUUUCUCCUCAAAAUAGAACCUCAUUAGAAAACAGUCAAUCAAAAAGGCACCCAUAUGCGCAUUUAGCGCAAAACACAGUUUCAAAUAACACAUAGGGAACAAUCAUGUAUAUUUGUUAUUUUUAAUAUAAACUUAGCCAUAUUAUUGUUUUAGUGUCCAAAAAUGACACAUGCUUUUUGUAACUUUUUACUCUAGAAUAAUAUUGUUUAGAGAUAUUUUAUCAUUUGAUUGU